AUACUACGCAUAUCUUCAGCAAGCUCAAGCUUUUUACACGUUUCCAUUCCAUCAAAUGAUGACUGCAGCGCCUAAUGUGGAAAUCAUGACUGAGCAGCCGGCUCUAGAGGGCGUUCCAGAGCCAAACAUCGCUCAGGAGCCUCCAAAAGAAGUUAAAAAAGGAGGAAGGAAAAGAAAAGCCAAAGCAACUGAGCCAAAGCAACCCAAAAAGCCUGCUGCUAAAAAAGAAAAAUCAGCCAAGUCAAAAGGCAAACAAGAAAAGAUCACAGAUACUUUUAAAGUAAAAAGAAAAGUGGAUCGUUUUAAUGGUGUAUCUGAAGCAGAACUUCUGACCAAGACUCUACCUGAUAUUUUGACCUUUGAUCUGGACAUUGUAAUAAUUGGCAUAAACCCUGGCUUGAUGGCAGCUUACAAAGGACAUCAUUACCCUGGACCUGGAAACCAUUUUUGGAAGUGUCUCUUCAUGUCUGGUCUAAGUAAUGAACAGCUGAACCAUAUGGAUGACCAUACCUUGCCACAUAAAUAUGGGAUUGGAUUUACAAACAUGGUUGAAAGGACAACACCUGGAAGCAAAGACCUCUCCAGCAAAGAGUUUCGGGAAGGAGGGCGAAUUCUGAUGCAGAAGUUACAGAAGUAUAAACCUCGUAUAGCAGCUUUCAAUGGAAAAUGUAUUUAUGAAAUUUUUAGUAAAGAAGUUUUUGGAAUAAAAGUUAAGAACUUGGAAUUUGGACUGCAGCCACACAAGGUGCCAGAUACAGAAACUCUCUGCUACGUUAUGCCAUCAUCCAGUGCAAGAUGCGCUCAGUUUCCUCGUGCACAAGAUAAAGUUCAUUACUAUAUAAAGCUGAAAGACCUAAGGGAUCAGCUGAAAGGCAUCGCACCGAACACAGAGGUGCAGGAGGUGCAGUACACAUUUGACUUGCAACUUGCACAAGAGGAUGCUAAAAAGAUGGCUGUCAAAGAAGAAAAAUACGAUCCAGGUUAUGAAGCAGCAUAUGGAGGAGCUUACUGUGAUCGUGCACUGUAUGAAAGUGAACAGUGCAAUUUCUCUUCAAAUGGAACUGGAGGCAAUCCUCAGUACUGUGAGGGGUCAUCCUUCGGUGAGGUUCCUAAUGGACAAUGGAUGACACAGUCCUUUGCAGACCAGAUUCCAGAGUUCGCUGCUGGUGUGACACGGGAGGAAGAGGGAAGCAGUGCGUAAGAGCUGUUCCUUCUCGGCUAUGCAUACAUGCUGCAGUUUUAAUGCAGUGGUCAAGAUUGGUACCUCGGUUCUCCAACUGAAGCGUUUUAAUAGUAUUUUAUCUCCACUAGUUAUUUUAUUAUAGUCCAAAGUAAGUGUGUGGUAGGCUCAAAUCAAUGAACUAGAUAAUUUUAAGGAACUGUCCAAACUUUUUAAAAAAAAGUUAGCCCUUUUUUGUAUAUGAGUUUUAUAUUUAAUGUAUACCAUUUCUUGCAGUUUUUGACAAGUUGCUUUCUCAUUUGUGAAGACUUCUUUGGGGCGUUAAUUUUAUUCCAUAAAUGGUAAUGUAGUGGUAGCAGCAGCAGUAUACUUUUUACUGAUGCCUCAAUAUUUGGAUAAUCUCAUAAUCCUUUUAUAUCUGGAGGGGAAAAUGGGAAGUGUACCCUUAUAUUACAUGAAGUGGUGUUUUUAAUCAUGCAGAGUUAAGCAAAUUGUGCUUUUUAAGUCUGCCUUUUACCUUCUU